CACAUACGUGACAAGCAACAUGGUCUCUUUACCCCACAGCAUUUUCAGUCAGUCCUGGAUCGAUGUUCGGUCGGCCAUCCUGACCAGGCUGUGGCUCUCACCAAGCUCGCGUGGGCCCGCCUUGAAGGCUACUUCCAAACGGUAAUCAAGACAGACUCUAUCAUUUCUCACGAAGCCCUUGCAUUGCAUCCGCCAGGCUACUCUGAUCGUCCAUUAUUUAUCUAUCACCUCCUCAAUGGAAUCUGUGCAACUGUCCUGCAAGCUAGAGAACAACAGCAUCACGGCAGGGGCAAGUGGCUAGACGAAUGCAUACAAUGUCGUCAUGCAGCCGUUUUUCUCUGCUCUGAGAGACAUUCUGAACACGAAACCUACCUGAAUAGCUUGGCCUUGUCACUCGAUUACCGCUCGGAUCACCGAGGCAACUCUCAUGACCUCAAUGAGGCCAUUUCUUUGUAUGAAGAAACCCUGUGCCUGUGCCGUGCUGGGCACAGAUCUCGUGAUCCCUUCAAGUGUUGA